AUGGCACCCCGAACAAAAAGGCAAAAGCAAAUAAGUAAUUUGCCAAGAGAGAAAGGCUACUAUCUUAACCAAAAGAACCAAAUUUUCAUGAAGUCACUAAAUAUAACCACAAUUGAAUCGCAAGAAGAAUGGACAGAAAAUGAACUAGUAGAAUUCGAGGGAGUAGGAACAAGACUUAUCAAUGAAAUUCUCAGAUGGCAUAAGGAUGCUGCAAAACACCUUAGAACAGAAAAUUAUUUCAUAAAGACAGAAGAGCUUCUUCCUUACUGCCAAGGUAAACAUACCAAACUCGAAAGCUUAAUUGAUGCCAAGGAUUUUACAUAUAUUGAGGAUACACUAUUUCCAAAAUUGAUUGGUCAUAUCAAAGAAGACACUAUAUUAAAGAGGACGUGUAGAAAUUAUAUGUAUUUAUGGGGUUUUAAAUAUGAUGAGAGAAGAAAGAGUAUUUUCUUUGAUGGUCAUGAGAAACCAGAUGUGGUGGCAUAUAGGAAUGAAUGGUUAAAGAGAAUGUUCGUAUAUAAAAAAAACAUAAAAGAUUUUGUUAGUGAGUCAUUAGAAUUUGUAUUAGAACUUCAGCUCAAUUUAGGGAAGAAAGAAUAUGUUCAAAUAACACAUGAUGAGUGUUAUUUCUAUGCUAACGAUGGGCGGCGACGAAUUUGGAUUCAGAAAGGCAAAAAUAUUUUGCGCCUAAAACAUCUGGGACAUUUUAUAAUGGUCUCUGCUUUUUUGUGCUCUUGCCAUGGACUAUUACGCCUAACUGACCAACAGCUAUAUGAAAAUCUAUAUAUUAAAAAUAAAGAAACAUUUGUGAUUCAUUCUGUUCAGGUAGAUGGAUAUUGGAAGGCAGAGCAUAUGCUUGAACAGCUUGUAAGUAAAGUAAUCCCAGUAUUUGAAAUAUUGCACCCUGGGUGUAUCGGUAUGUUUUGUUUUGAUCAAUCUACUAAUCAUAAUGCUAUGGCAGAGGAUGCACUAAUCGCAAAAAGGAUGAACUUGAGUUCUGGAGGGAAACAACCAGUAAUGCGAAAUGGUUGGUUUAUUGAUAAAACCAGAAAAAAAUAUGUGCAAUCGAUGGUAUUUUCGAAUGAUUAUCAAAAGGAGGAGUUAAGAGGCAAGCAAAAAGGUUUGAGGCAAAUGCUUGAAGAGUGA